AUGGCUGCUCCUGCCAGAAAGAAGAUCAUCAUCAGCCUGGCCGAGCUGGCCUCGAUGCGUGUAAAUUUCUCGGUUUACAUGCGCUCCUACUUGGCCAAAAAAGGUAUCGACGCGGCUUUCUUGAAAGAGAACAUCACCUCAGAGAAGAUUUUGAUGCACUUUAUCGACGCAUCACGCAACCUCCUGAAGCCUGCCAAGGCGAAGCCACGCUCGCUGGCCGACCGAGGUGAAGACGAGGUCACCACCGACCAUCUGCAGCGAUACUUUCGCGCAGAAGGUAUGCCAGAAGUGUUCGUCGAAAGAAUCACAGGGCCUCAUGUCGUCGAUUACGUCGUCUCAUCCCUGCCCCAAAAGCUUCGGCAACAGUACCUUGACAACCAAGCCAAGAAGAGCGACAGCAGUGCAGAAGGUGCCGCGAAGUCUGGGCAGAGGGACAGUGUAUUGCACGCUACGACUUCAUCAAAGAAGCGCAAGCGCCCUGACCCAAGUGACGACGACGAAGAUUACGAAGACCUCUCCCAAGGCCACCGCAGCGUCAACAAGUCCCAAAAGUCCCAGCCCAAGCGCAAGCGCACCUCCAAGUCCAUACCAAAGUCAAAGUCCACCGCAACAAAAGAGCCACCACUCCUCGACCUUUCUGUUUCCCACAACAAAAUCUCCACACCAUGCCUCAAAAACCUCACACUCUCUGAGACAAGCCCAUUCAAGGCCCAAAUCUCCGCCCCAAAAUUCUUAGCCUUUCUCGCUACUUCCGCGACCUUCCAAGCCGCACGUCUCGCAUCCGUAUGCGUGACGCUCGCGCGCGCGGGCCAGAAGGAGAAAGCCAAAGCGUUUGGACAGUAUGGAUUGGAUUUACUUGGGCCGGCAAUAUUUGCUGCGCACGUGGUGGUGUGUGAGCAGAGCGCAGAGGAGAAGGCUGGCAUGUUGUUUUCGAAGAUUGUGUUGGUUGAUUGUGUCGAUGAGUUGCAUUAUGGUUGCUCGAAGCCUGCGGCGGCGAGAUUGAGGUAUUUGAUUGAUGAAGAGGGCAUGUGGUGGAGUAAGCCAAGGGGGUCGUGA